GGGGUGGGAUGGGAUGGGAUGGGAUGGGGGGAGAAGUGCCGUUCCCACCGCCUUUUCUCGUUUCCCUUCCCUUCAGGUCAGACAGAACGCUGCAGGACGUGGUGUACAAAUUGGUUCCGGGACUGUUCACGGGUACGGUGCGGGUCGGCGCUGCGGGACCCCCGGGACCCCCGGCCGUGCCCCCCCCUCCUUUCAUCCCCCUCUUUUACAGAUGAGAUGAAGCGUCGCCGCGACUUCUACGCCGCGUACCCCGUGGCCGAGGUGUCCAACGGCUCCAACGAGGACCGCGGGGAGGUUCCGCAGCGCGACGGGACGCAGCCGACGGAGGACGGCAUCGUCAGUCUGUCCAUUGAGUUCUACGAAGGAGCCAGGUAGCGCCGGGCGAGGACGUGG